CUCCACGUUUCCUGUGCCAAAAAGGCACCUUGCCAGUGCCAUAAUCUCAGUAACCGCCGUCACUCUCGAUCUUUUAAAUAUAACGCCGUCAACUUUUUGAUUUCAAAUUCCAUCGAACCACCAGGUUCACCACGAACCUAAGGCUCGGACCUUCGUGUUUACGGUUUAUAAUUUUAGAUAGCCGUCACCACUCGUGACCUACAUUUCCAGUCACUCACUGCUUGCUCGAUAUUUUACAGACACCGGAAUUCUUGUAGGAUAACUCAUUUUGGCGGAAUUAGGGGUUUGGAUCGGAUUGCCAGGAUCAAGAUAGCAUGGCUGAGCAUCAUGAAAAUCCUAUCGAGUCGGUUAUGGAGAAGAUAAGCGAGACGAUUCACGCUCACGAUUCAUCGUCAUCUUCUUCUGAUUCAGAUUCGGAUUCCGAGAAGAAGCCGACUUCUCCAUCGUCCGUCAAGGCAAAGAUUUUUCGGUUGUUUGGGAGGGAAAGACCCGUUCACCACGUUCUUGGAGGAGGAAAACCUGCUGAUGUGUUGUUGUGGCGAAAUAAGAAGAUCUCAGCUAGUGUGCUUGGAGUGGCCACUGCAAUUUGGGUCCUUUUUGAGUUGAUUGAAUACCAUCUUCUUACUCUAGCAUGCCAUAUUUUGAUCCUCUCACUCGCAGUGCUGUUUCUAUGGUCCAAUGCUCACACAUUUAUCAAUAAGACCCCACCUCGCAUUCCACAAAUCCAUCUUCCUGAAGAACCAUUCCUGCUGGUUGCUUCAGCACUAACAUUGGAAAUCAACCGAGGGCUUGCAGUUUUACGUGAUAUUGCAUCUGGGAAAGAUUUGAAGAAGUUUCUCAUUGUUAUAGCUGCCUUGUGGGUUGUGUCAAUUGUCGGGAGCUGGUGCAAUUUCCUGACCUUGUUUUAUAUAUCCUUUGUUUUACUACACACUGUACCGGUUCUAUACGAGAAGUACGAGGACAAGGUCGAUCCAUUUGCUGAGAAGGCUACAAUUGAGAUCAAAAAGCAAUAUGCAGUGUUUGAUGCUAAGGUUUUGAGUAAGAUUCCAGUGGGAGCAUUGAAGGCCAAGAGGGUUUAGAGAGGCCAGUGGUUCUGUUUCACGCAGAAGCUUAGAAAUCAUGGAUUUGUAGGUUGUGAUUCCUCUCCAUAUUUUGCUAGAGCUCUUCUUUAUUUUCACCCCUUCAACUGUUUCCAAUGUUUGGGAUUGCAGUUUGAAUAGCAUUUUUAUUUAUAUGGGGUUAAUUUCAAGUUGUAGGUUACUUUUGAAAGCUUUAUAAUCUGUUUGCAGGUGUUGGCUCCUUGAUAAUGGGUGAUUUUUGACGUUGGUUUUAUAUCGAAUAUCUUUUGAUUCCUUGUA